UUCCACGAGCCGAUACCGGUCUUACGAAGACGCAACAACUCCGUCAAGCAAGGACCGCCGCUUUGAUGCAAGAUUUAGAAAAAUCACGCGAAACAGAAGUAAAACAAAUAAAUCCAUUAGGACGACGAAAGAGGGUGGUAAUGCCCGAGCCAAAGAAGGUGGACUUUAAAAGGCCAGGAUUGACCAAGGCAAUGUUAGCUAGAAUGAAACACGCAGAGAAAUAUAUACACGAAUACGAGCGGAAAACUGAAGCAACGGUAUCUAGUGACCGGGUACCUAAAAGAACACCCGCUCCAAUAGGAGGUGAUUCCAGGUCGCGACAGUAGUUAAAUCUGAUUUAAGCGAACAAUUGUAACGCGCGUUAAACAAAUGAGCACUUGAAUAAUUCUUCAAUCUUUAUAAUGUUCAUCGUUCGUUUAAAGUAAAAGCAAUAUUUCUAUAGUACGAGGUUUCCAUUACCAUACACAAAAUCAUUUUUAAUUAGGAUGGGUAGAGAAAGAUUACUGCCGUCCAAAGGAAAAGCACGUACUCCAGUUGCAUCUCCUCCAAGAACAUUACCAGUAGCUAGGAAAGAUUUACCGGCUGGAAUCAGCCCCAUGAAGUCAAGAUUGCCUCAGCUAGCUUUACCUAAAAAGACCAACGAAUUAGCCAAAGUGUUAAAUGCAGAUGUAAUCCAGGCGGAACCAAUUGGCAAAGGACCGAUCAGUAACAUUGUGAUACCCCCUGGAACAGUGAACAACGAACGUACUACAAUUGUUAGUGUACCUCAAUCACCUGUACAAAUUGAAACAAAAAUGACCUCGCAAAUGGCGAAUCGUUCAAUUCAAAUGAUCAGUGAAACUCUUAACGAGCAAGACGCCAUAGAAGUUAAAACAGUAAACAACAAACUAUCAGAAUUACAACAGGCUAGACGAGAUUUUGUUAUUGCUGUGGCAAAUGUUGGUGGAAAUGUUGUUAAUAUUGCGGAUGAAACUCCUCCUGCCGAUCUUUCUUUUUUGAGCGAUAGCAGAUCCCCUGAAUUAGACAAUGAAUUUCUCCAAGCACAAUAUGAAAAUGUUCCAUCGGAUAUUCUAUAUGCUCGUGAACUCAUGCAAAAAGCUUUAGCUGAUAUGGAAGAGAGAGAAGCAGCCAGAAGAUUGGAAGAAGAAUUUGAAAGAAUAGCAGCUUCGGAGUACAUGCCAGAUGAUUUACAGCUCAAUGUUCCUUUCGAAGAUCAACUUCACCAAGAUAAAGACUCAUCUUGGGAAGAAGAUGAAGAUAUUGUCACAGCUAUGUCACAUCCAUCUAGACCAAGAGCUCAUAAAUCUCCCGUUCCGAUGGAACAAAAAAGUUAUCCAUACAAAUCCUUUGAUAUACAGGAACUUGAAAGAUUUUUCGAUCUUCAACGGUAUCCUCCUUGUCCAAAGUGCGGACCACCGUCGGGUAGAGAAGGGUUACAUCCUGAUUUAUGGGACUUGGCAGAUCCAUGGUACCGAUCACCCGUACAGCCUGAAAUGCCAGAUCUCAUGGAAUUUGAUCUAAUGGAGUUUUAA